AGCGACCACAACUACAUCCAACAUUUUUGUCAACUAGUAGCUGAUAUUUUUACACAGAAAGAACAAGAAGCUGUAGUAUAAGAAUGUUGGCGGGUCUUGUUUUUCAUUUCAGCGACAGCGACGAGGGUUUUAAUAAAAGGCUUUCAUUUUGUAAACCGAAGUAGAAGUACAACUACUACCCUAGUAUUAUCGACAAUCUAACUACUGAAGACCAUGAACGACACCGCUAUUACCGCCCGGUUCCGCUCCGCCUACGCGGACUAUUGCGCGCAGUGCUACGGAGCAGGGGAUGUGAAAAACUCUUUCCAGCAGGAACAUCAAAGCGACCACCUUCGCACAAGAACUACAGCGACAUCAAGGAGCACGUCAGCCUCGCUGCCGUUUCUGCAGACCCUAGCGGAGGUGAUAAAAACCGAAGCCGCACUACAGCAGGCCGCGGCUAGCACCGAUAGUACUACGGCGCUUGGGGGAAGCAACAACAGUGGCGAUGUUGUAUUGCAAGGAAAUAAUACAGCAUCAACUUCUAGCCCCACAGCGGACUUCGAUUUCGCGGCGCAGAUCCGCCUCAAAUUGGAGCCGUGCCUGAUCUAUGCAUUGCAAAUAUGUCUGGGUCUGGAAACUCAAACUUGUAAUGCUGGGUUGUGAAUAGUGAAUGCUCUGUAAUGCACAGCCAAGCAUGAGAAAUAUUUGCGCGGCUUAGUGUUGCACUUCUUCGCGCAUGACAAACUGCGUUUUUGCAUGACAAGCAAACGGGUCUCUUCUUGAACACGCAUCACAAACUCUUCAGUCAUGCCAGACAAGCAUGGCAAACCUUGCAUCCUUCCAGACCCAGACAUAUUUGUAUUUGAUAUGAUCAAGCUGAUACAAGAGGUUUUGCUUGGGAAAAUUCCGCCAGGGGGCGAUGCUAGUACAACUACUCGUCGGGAAGUAGAACAGGAUCAUGAUGAUGCCACAACUUCUCAUCUUGUCGACCUGUCUGCAGUAUUGUCCUCGGCAAACAAUCUGUCCGUCACAGCCGAGGAAGCGGUGCUGAGUUUCAUCGGCAACGGAAUCAUCGGCUUCGGGCAGUUUCUCUCCACUGAGCAAGCAUUUGACGACGCGGAAUUUGCGAAGCUCCGGAAAACGCUUGGGUGCUUGAUCGGAUCAUCCAGUGCGAGGAAGGACCAAAUCGCCGGCAAUUUCACCUCCUCCGCGGCUAGUAGUGGAGAGGAAAUAGUAAGUGGCGUUGUAGCUGCUGGGGGACAGGAUGUUGAAGCGGACGGCAACACGGAAGACUUGCACUGGACUCGAGAAUAUCACCUGGUAAUAGUGAACUUGUUUUAUCAUUUGAUGACUUUGACGAGGACUUUGUGAAGAUGCAGAUUUGCUUCUACAAGGAGUAGGACCUUUUGAAAAAUGCAAAAAUAAACCCAUGAAAAUAAAAAUCAGUUCCUCGCAAUGACCCACUUGGCCUUCGACCUGUUCCAGGAAGUGGUGAAGUACGCGCACGAGGGGAACUUCGAGAAUUUCCACUGCUGUUUCAUCGAACUGGUUUCCAAAAUGGACAUCAUGAUUAAAACUGCGGAUACUAUCAAAUGCAAAUAUGUCUGGGUCUGGAAAAAAGCAGCGCUUGUCAUGCAUGUUUCGCAUGACCCAUAAUGUCUGUGAUGCAUGCCCUAGCAUCACAGAUUUUUGAGGGCUUUCUGAUGCUUGUACUGCAUGAGAAAUGCCCUCUCCGUGAAGCAAAAAACGGACCUCUUUUGCUGGUCACGCAAUAGUACAGGUUCUGUGUAGAAUCCAGACGCAGCAUCACAAGUUGCAUUCUUCCAGACCCAGACAUAUUUGCAAUGCAUAGAUACCGCCGUUCUGCGACAGGACGAGAAGAUCACGCUGUCCCACAAGCGCAAGGAAUUCGUCGAGAAGAUGCUGGAAGAGAAGCGGUAUGCACUGCAAAUAAUAUGUCCGGGUCUUUGCAACUUGUAAUGCAAGUCAGUCAAUGACGAAUGCACUGUAUUAAUGCGUCGCCAAGCAUGACAAGUUUUUUCGUGCUGCUGUGCUGCGUAUUCCGCAUGAGAAACUGUGUUUUUGCAUGACAGGCGAGAGCAGCGCCUGUUUGUGGCCACGCAGUACAGAGUUACGGGGUCAUGCCGGACCAGCAUGACAAACCUCGGAAUCUUCCAGCCCAGACAUGUUUGCAAUGCAUAAGCGGAAAAAAGAGGAAAUCGAGAAGAAAAAACUCGAGGAGGAAGAUAUUACAGUGAAAAGUGCCCCCCACCCCUAAAUUGCAAAAAUUUGUGAUGCGAACUUUCCAAAUGAAAACUUUUUGCCAUGCAUGAAAGGAGUAUGAACCUUUCGGAUGCAGAAUGUAAGCGUGUAUCGCAUCGCUUGCAUGACAAGUUCCGCUCUUGCUGGGGUCUUUUGCAAUACAAAUUUUUGCCAUUCACGAUUGAAAACCUGCGAUGCUGAUAGAUGCAAGAGGGCGUUGUGUUUCAUUUGGAAAGGUUUGCAAUACAAAUGCUCCCAAGUUCGGGGGUGGGGGCAUUUUUCAUUGUAAUAGAAGAGAAAAAGCGGCUCGAGGCGGAGGAAAAAAAACGCAAACUAGCGGAAGAGAAGGAGAAAAAGGAAGAGAAAGCGAAGGAAAACAAUAAAGAGAAGAAGGAAAAGAAUAACGUGGAGGAUGGCACAGCCGGUAAUACUGGUUGGACAACAAGUACGGACGAGAAAGAGAAGGACAAUACCAAAACGAAAGAGGAAAAAACCGAUCUAGAUACUAAAGUAGAAGACAAUCCCCAAGCCCAAGCUGCUGCUGGAGAGGAAGCAAAUAAAACAUCAACUGCCGACUAUGCUCAGUAAAAACGUCCCCAACCCAGGGUUGUCAUGCAAAUCUGCAUGCCAAAAAAGUCUCUCAUGCGGAGCCCCAUGAGAAGCAUUUUCUCUUCGCGUUUUGGAGUUUGUGAUGCUAGAAUCAGCAUGAUAUGCUAGCUCUGUGAUGCUGCUGAACUAGCGAAACAGGAUCACACUAUUAGGGCAAACUUGUCAUGCGAAACAGCGAAAGCUGGUUGAUUUGUCUAGCAGAUUUCCCAUCUUAACUCUGGUGUGGGGAUGUUUUUACAUAGGAUACCGACGACACGAAGUUAAAGAAGGUGAAAGCGCUCAUGUCCCGGGAUCUGUCCCUCGACGAGAUCGAUCUGAAUCGGCUCGCUUCGAACGACAAGAAAAAGUCCAAGCAAUUUUCCGCGAAGACCUUCGACUACAACCGGGUCGCACAUCUUCCGGACGUGAAGCCCAGUAUGAAGCAGGAUAUCAACGCGAAGGUCGAGGAUUGGUCCGACAGCAAGUAUCGUGAGGAAAAAUCCCCCCUCUCCAUACUCACAAUGGAAAUUUGUGAUGCUGAUUUGUGACCACGAGUCAGCCUCAGCUCUGUCUUGCAUAUGAGGCAAAUGGGAUCUUCCGUUUGGCGCAUUCCACAACCAAGCUGUCGUGCACUUUUGCCUACUGCAAAGCUGUCAGUCAUGCCUGAGUGCUAGCCUUUUGCAUAGUACCUAAUUAGGCUCAGGAAAUGCCUGCAAGCGCUUGCUGCAAUACAGCGCUGAUUUGUGUAGUACACAAAUCAAGCACCAGAAAUUUCCGUUUCAAUAUGGGGAGAGGGCUUUUUUCACUUUGACAGCAAGUAUUUUCUCCUCGCAAACACGCCCUUCACCCUGAACCAGUUUAACAACAACGAGUACCUGGAGAUCCAAACCAUGAAGAAGCAGCAGUCCCUGUUUUUGCAAAACGCGUACUCCGCGCACUACAAAACCACCCUCGCGUAUGCAAGAAAAAAACAGUGUAAGUGUAGCUCUGUAAUGCAGAGCAUGCAACAGAGUCGCGCCUGUCAUGCCAGACAGCCAUGAAGUCCUCCGCUCCUGUGUGUUUUCCCUUACAAGCCACGCAUGACAGGUUUUGUCUGUUAUGUAGAGCAAAUUUGUGAUGCUGUCUGCCAAAGAAGGUUACACUAACACAGUUUUUUUCUUCGAUAUCGCACUCGCACACUUAAUCAAGACCUACGGGGACCGGUUGUGGUUGUUUGGCAAGGGAAGUGGCAACGACGCUGCCCUGUCCGUGAUGGAACAUCAAAUUGGCGGAAGCAAAAGCAGCGCAGCCAGCACCGAUUUCGACUCGGAGGACGAGGGGAGUGAAGAGUUGGGCCUUGAUCAACAUGAGGUAACACAAGAGGACGACGCCGCCAGCCUUGCAGGAGAUGACCUUAAUCUAAACGACUUUCAGCUCUCUGCGACCGCGGCUGCUGCCUUCGCUCAGGAGGGCAGUACAAGUUUGAAUACUACAGCAUUGUCCGGUGUAGUUAACCAGAAAGACAUGGAAGCGGUGCUGACAGCAGAGGCGCGCGCUUCGUCCUCAUCAUCUUCUGCUGAAAAUAAACUAGAGGAAAACAAGGAUCUAUUCAACCUCGAUUCCUUUGGGUACAAAGAAUUGAAGAAGGGGAAAGAAAUCUUUUCUUCUCCAGCCGGAAGGGAAGAAUCUGCAGGGUUGGACAGCGAUUUGAGCAGUAAAAACGUCGUUAUGCACAGGCGCGGCCCUCGCAAUGGGUCGAAAACAAGCAAGCAGCGGUCAGAGAGUAAGUCCAAGGAUCAGCGAAACAGAGGCGAGGGCCAUCAGUUGGGAGAUCAUGACCAGAACCUGAUCUCCCCCAAUCUCGACGACGAGCUGAUGCAAUCUUUGAACUCGCAGAAAAAUCUGGAGGACAUUAUUAACGAACAGAUCCGAAGCAACGAGACCGCGUUACAGCUCGCGGACAGUGGGAUUAUCUCGCCUAAAAGCGCCGUGCUGACAGGGGGCAAAAUGACGAAGGGAAGUACUAGUAGACACGACGAAGUACUAGAAGAUGCUGACCACGAAGUUAUUGAUAUUGCCGCGACUUCUAAAAAGAAGCAGAAAUACUUUGACAAAUUGGAGCUGUUCAACGAGUACCGGCAGGAUGCGUAUCGGGUCUUGGAGCAGGGCUUGGAACUGGAAAACAAAAUGAUCCGAAACAUCCAGAGAUUUUCAAAACCAAACAUUCUGAACCGAUACGGUGAGCCUGUGCAGAACUUUCUGUACCAGGUGUUAGCCUCCGCGUUGAAGAGCAGCCCGGCUGCGGCUGGGGCGCAGUUGCCCGGAGCUGCUUCGAAGACCACAACCGGGGCCGCGGGAGCAGCAGGAAGUGCGGCUUCCAAAAUAAAGGGAACGGCUGACAAGCAGGCAAAGUCCCUCGGUCCAAAGUUGUUGACCCAGUCCGGCCUGAUUCCGGAUUUGCAAGAUAGCACGACCACGCAAGACAUCUUCACCGUCCAGGGCUUUCACACACUGUUGAAGCAGAUUGACCAGAAACUCGAGCAGAAGCAGGUUAAUUCAUCCGGGAAUAAUACCGCGGCUUCAUCCUCUGCGAAGAAACAGAAGGUCGCUUCGAAGUUUGAGAUGUUCCAAAACCUGAAAAUUCCCGAGGAGAGGCUGCAGAAGUACCUCGAUUUGCUGAAGUGCGUUUUCCGGAACAAGCAGAUGGUGAAAAAGCAGUAUUCCUGGGUCAAGGCCGACGAGGAGGACGAAUCCCCCGUUCCCCAGCCGCCGAAAAACUUCUACGUGGCCUCGAAGGUGACGGAACAGCAGGAAGCCGCGAAAAAGCGGAAGCUGGAACGGGAGCAGUCGGAGAAGAACGGGUUACUCAAAAAGCGGAAAGUGUGCACGCUGAUCGCGACGAACCCCAUGGAGACCGUCGAGGCCAAGGACAGCGAGUCCGUACUCGCCAAUCCAGUGGGUUCGAUUCACCUGUCGAAAGAUCUGCGCCCGCGGGCGUUGAAAGAUUUGCACGACAUGGUAAAAAAGCACAACGCUGUGACGGAUACCUACAAUCCGCAGACUAUCCUGUGGAAAAACGUCCCCACCCCAUAGUCAAGAUGGGAAAUCUGCUAGACAAAUCAACCAGCUUUGGUUCUUUCGCAUGACAAGUUUGCCCUCGGAGUGUAAUCCUGUUUAGCUAGUUCAGAAGCAUCAAAGAUCUAGAAUGUCAUGCUGAUUCCAGCACUACAAAUUCCAAGACACGACUAGAAUAUGCUUUUCUUUUUUCGCAUCAAGAUUUGCAUUGCAACUCUGGGAUGGGGACGUCUUUGCUCACCAUACAGAUGAAUGCAGGGAAAACGCGAAACGACAUGAGCGACGCGGUUGUGAAGACCAACGUGGUAUCCGCGUUGAAUUUGUUCGAUUUGACGGAGCAGGAUAUCCACAAGUUCCAAAUCCCGCCGAAAAUUCACCAACUCCGGGAUUCCCAGCGGAACAACGCGAACGCGAUAAACCGCGUGAAGGCCCUGGAGGAGCAGCAGAACAACGCGAAGUUAUCCUAUGUAAAAAUGUCCCCGCCUCCCCAGAGUCAAGAUGGGAUAUCUGCUACACAAAUCAACCAGCUUUGGCUGUUUCGCAUGACAAGUUCUUUGGCCUCCUACUGUGCUUAAUCCUGUUUAGCUAGUUCAGGAGCAUCAGCAUCACAGACCUAGCCCAUCAUGCUGAUUUGUGCGUCACAAAUUCCAAAACACGACUAGAAAAGGCUUGUCAUGGGGCCGCUCCGCAUGAGAAACAUUCUAAGCAUGCGCAUUUGCAUGAGAACUCUGGGGUGGGAACGUUUUUCCUCAGGAUAGACGUCGCGGCUGCACUACCUCUUCUGGAACAUCGUGAUGAAGCACCUGAAUUCCGACGCCAUGCUGAAUGAGCUGGAAGAGGCUGCGUCGCGGAAGCAGGAAAUAUCGCCCGUGUACAGUAAGUGGGCGAAGAGCUGCUUCUAUCGAAUGCAAAAAUGUCUGGGUCUGGAAGAGUUCGAAUUUGUGAUGCGAAGUCUACAUCGUGCCAAAAUCUGUCAUGCAUGGCUAGCAAAAGGCCUCAGUUCUUGUUUACCGAAAGAGGGGAUUUGUCAUGCGGAUUAGGCAUUCGGGUACCUCUACCUGCUCAACAUCUGUGAUGCUAGAGCUUGCAUGCUAGACGAUCUGGGCCAGGCAAAAACUGCGUGACAGAUCUCGCUUUCGUCCAGACCCAGACACUUUUGCACUUGAUAGCUUCCUUUGUCUGGACUACAUGCAGGAAGUGCAGGCGCACUACACGGUGGUAUAUCCUGUGCAAAAGUAUCGUACUCGUAGUAAUCGCAAUCAUGCAUUACAAAUCUCCCUCUUAACCGAAAUCCGCAUUACAAAUUCCAUUUUUCAUGCUGAGGGAAUUUGUCAUGCGAUUUAUACUAGUACGAUGCUUUUGCAUUGCAUAUGGUCCCGCAACGGACGAAAGUGCCGACGGUUUCUGCGAAGAAUUCGAAGCACAUUCUAUCCUGAGUAAAAAUGUCCCCACAGCACCAGAGUCAAGUUGGGAAUCUAGCAACACAAAUCUCCAAGUUUUGGGAGUUGUGCAUGACAAGAUUCCCUCUGCAGUGUAGUGCUGGUUGGCAACGGAACCCGCAUGAGAAAGCCACUUUCUCAUCCUGUUUACAGCAUUACAAAUUUACCAAAACUACACGAUUGGAAAUGCCUCUCACGGAGCUGCGCAUUACAAAUCGAUUCCUGUCAUUGCACAGUUGCAUGACAACUCGGGAGUGGGGAUUUUUUUACUCAGCAUACAUUCCCUUCGGAGAACCGGUGAACCAGUGGCAAUAUGCGGCGCACUAUCCCACGAGAAAAGUGUUACAGCUACUUCAACAUUUGCUGUAACUUCAGCAUCACAAGUUUCCUCUGCAUGACAGAGAAAAGUUGCAAUGCAAAGAUCACAAGGGAAAACAGGAAGGAAACGAGGCUCCAUAGCAUUUCCUGCAUCAGAAAGGUUGUCUGUGUUGCCGGUCUUGCACGACAAAGUGUAACUGUAGCACUUUUUUCCUUGGAUACGCACAAGGGGACCAACGGGGUCAUGAACCAGCAGGCAAAGUCGAUUUCGAAUUCCGGGUUAUGAAAUGCAAAACCAUUGUAUUAUCCAUCGUAUAAAUGCAUUACAAAUAUCUUAGCAUGAGAGAUGAAAUUUGUAAUGCGGAUUUACGUUACGAAAAAAAUUUGUAAUGCAUCCCUGCAAUUACUACGAAUGCGAUACUUUUGCAGAGCAUACGGGUCGAAGUCGUCCAAUACGGCUUUGUCCGAAAUUUACAAGCAGCACUCCAUCCCCAGAAAACCCUUCCACGUGUUGCUGAAGCAAGGCAACAUCAAGACCUCGCGCGACGAAAAGAUCCCGGCGGUGACCUCCGGGCAUUGCAAGAAGUUCGGGCUGAACUUACCCUUGAUAUCAACUGCAAAAAUGUCUGGGUCUGGAAACUUGUGAUGCAUGUCAGUGAAAAGUAAGCACACUGUAAUGCACCGCCAAGCAUGACAGAUUUUAAUUUUUCCGUGGCUCUCUGUUCUUCCGUAUUCCGCAUGAGAAGCAGCCACUUUGCAUAACAUAAACAGGGCACUCUUUGUGGCGACGCAAUACAGAGCUUAGUGUCAUGCCAGACUAGCAUAACAAAUGUCGCAUUGUUCCAGACCGCCCAGACAUAUUUGCAGUGCAUACUUAAGCUCAACCAACAAAUUUUCCAACACUUUAAAUCCCUCCUUUAUCGGGUCCUUGACCUCGCGGUUACCGACCGGAAAUGUCGGCUUCAGCUCCGAUGCGGACCGGUUCCAACUGCAGUUCUCCGCCCCGGAAUUCCAGCUCUGGGUCGCGAUUCAAAUUCUCUCGUUCCUCCAAGCCCUCGGCUACGACAGUAAGAAGCCCACGGCGCAGCCGGCGACGACGGCAGUCUUCGACCCGAAAACGCACGCGGAUAUCCUGUGCAAAAGUAUCGUACUAGUAGUGAUUGCAUGACAAAUUUCAUCAGCAUGAGAAAGGGAAUUUGUCAUGCUGAUUUAGCUUGGAAAAGAAAUCUGUAAUGAAUGACUGCAAUCAGUACGAGUACGAUACUUUUGCACAGGAUAGCGGAAAACCACCGGCAAAUUACGGGAAGGUCGGCUUUUAAAUUGAAUUUUCCCACGAAUAUGGGCCAGAAAUCGUCCAAGCAGGCAAAGUAUGAACUGCAAAAGUAUCGUGUUCGUAUAAAUGCAUGACAAAUUUCCUCAGCAUGAGAAAUGAAAUUUGUCAUGGGGAUUGACCUUGUUAAGAAAAAAAUUUGUAAUGGUGCAUGACUGCGAUUACUACGAGUACGAUGCUUUUGCAUUUGAUACAAAGGUCUCACAGGGAAUCGUGGAGCUGAAGCGAAAGUGCGUUGCCAUUAUGUCCACGGUGGACCCCAACUUCGCGCGAGUACUGGUGCUGAAAGAUUUCAACACGGAGUUAUUUUUGACCAGUUGGAAGCGGGGCAGCACCUGCGACCCGGUAAUGGGCGCGGUGUGUGACAAAAAAUUGUUUCCGAAACUGGAAGCGGAAGAAGAGGUCGCGCUUUCGGUGGUGGCGGGGAAAAUAAAUAAAUCUUCUGUCACGACCACGGCCGACGGAACAGCAGCAGAUAAAGCUGCCACGACCUCCAAAGCUGCUGCUGGGCAAAAAAUUACAGCUUCCUUAGUACCCACGAAAAAGAAGAAGAAGAAGCUUGAUUUCUACAGCAAGUGGCAGGAUGAAGUCGGGGAAGAGUUAGUCAAAGAGUUGGACGCCGAUCCCAGCAAGCCGCAGCUCAUCCAGAGUCUCGACUCCUGGAAACAGUCGCACGACAAGUGGCUGGUGGAAAACGGAUUCAAACCAGCGGAGCAAGUAUCAAAUGCAAAUACGUAGUCUGGGUCUGGAAGGUCACAACUUGUGAUGCUGUCUUUGAAUUCCAAAAAAAUCUGUCGUGCAUGACUAGCAAGAGCAGGGGUCGCGUUUGUCUCACGUGAAGAGGGCAUUUCUCAUGCGGAAUAGGCAACAGGGAGCCCUCCAAAAAUCUGUGAUGCUAGGCCAUGCGUGACAGGUAUCAUGGGCCAUGCAAAAUAUGCAUGACAAACCUGGCAAUCGUCCAGACCCUGACAUAUUUGCAGUGCAUAGCAAGCGACCAACGCAGCAGCCGCGGAUCAUACAACUACGGGCUUAGUGCAAAACACGGCAACCGGGCUGAUGGUGAAAACGUUUCAGGACUCCGGUGUUGCAUUUUCACAACUUGUAGCAGCUGGAGGUGGACCAGGAUCCUCAGGAGCUGCAAAUGCUGCUGCUGCACUCGGUCAUCUCUCCCCCGGAGCAGGAGGCGGUGCGACAGACAAGAAAGAGCAGGACACCUUUUCAGAGUACAGCGACGUCGACACCUAUCGUACGAAAAAAGCGUUUCACUGUAAGGAUUUUGCAGGUUUUGCAUCACAGGUUUGCUCUACAUGACAGAUCCAAUUUGCCAUGCAAGCUUCCGAAGGGAAAACACAGCUAAAAAUCCACUUUCUUGCAUGUGUAGCAAGACAAAUAUUUCUGUGUUCCAUUUUUAUGCAUCACAGGUUUACAGUGAAACAAUUUUUUCUUGCGAUAACACCGACGAAAUUUCUGAAUUAUCGGACUCGGAUGACGAGCUGGACGAGGCUAUCCUGAGGAAAAACGUCCCCACCCCAGAGUUGUCAUGCAGAUUUGCAAUGGCAAGGACAUUUGUGAUGCGCAUACCUAUGGUAAACAUUUCCAAACGUGUUGUGGAAUUUGUGAUGCUAUGAACAGGAUAAGCAGAUGAAUCUGUGAUGCGGCUGCGCUUGCUAUCCUGCACUGCACUACGGAGUGCAACUUGUCAUGCGUGACUCCCAAAGCUUCUAGGUUUGUGUUGCGAAAUCCCCAUCUUGCCUCUGGUGUGGGGACGUUUUUACUCAGGAUAGAUGCCGGCUUCAACAUCGGGGGCAGCACAGAGAAACGGAAAAAUAUUAAAGGGACAAACAACUUAUUGGGCCCGCAUAGUAAUCUUCAAAAUGAUCAAAUGGACCACCACAACAAUAUGCUGGAGGCCAUGAGCAGCUCGGCGGGGGAUGACGACGACGACGACGGUGAGAACCAUGUUAAUAUGGACGAGGAACAAAUGAACAACGAUUUCAUCAGAAACAACAAUCCCCUCCGGUCUUCCGAAAACUCGGAAGAUGAAGAUUUGGACAGCUAUGACCCGCCCAAGUGUUAAUACAAUCUCAAACGUUACACUAGAAUAUGGAAAUCUGUGAUGCAAGAAGUGCACUAUCUAGCCAACUGGCAUAAAAUUACGCAUGACAAGUACCGGAGUUGUCCCAAACCGCGCUACGAUCUGGCAAAAUUUGUAUUGCAGAAAGUCGAAUGCUCUGCGAGUCUGUCAUGCUCACUAUGGAAGACAAGUCUAAUUCAGCCUCUGUGAUUGUACCACCUGAGCGAGUUAUAAGAGCAGCUUGAGCGACCUAGACAGCUCUGUCGGGGAGUACAGCUUCGGUGAUAGUGAAGAUUCGGACAGUCUGAGCUCCAGCGAGGAUGAGGGAGGGGAGACGGAUCCGCAGCCCAUGGUGAAUGGACAUCAUGGAGGGGGAAGUAGCACCUUGAUGAACGGCCACUCCGGCGUUUCUUCGGGGAAUGAGGACCACACGACAUCAAAUAAGCGGUUCAGCAACGACUCGCAGAACGGCACCGGGAAGAUAUCAAAUGCAAAAAUGUCUGGGUCUGGAAUCUUGUGAUGCAAGGACGGGAAUAGUGAAAACACACUGUAAUGCGCUGCCAAGCAUGACAAGUUUUUCCACGGUUCUACGUUGCGUACGCCGCAUGAGAAACUGCGUUUUUGCAUGACAGGCGAAAGAAGCUCUUUGCGGUGACGCAACACAGAGUUCAGAGUCAUGCCAGACUAGGAUGACAAAUCUCGCAACUUCCCAGACAUCCAGGGAUAUUUGCAGUUGAUAGAAAAUGAUCAUCGACGAAGUCACGACGGUUACUGCCUUCCGCGAAAAGCACCGGAGAUCGCUGCAGGAGUUGAAGAAAGAGAAGAAGCGGAAGAGGAAAUUGAAGAAGCAGAAGCAGAACAAGCGGGUGCAGAAGCGGUCGAAGCAUUUUCUGGAUUACAAGCGGAAGACGCACGAAUUGAAGUCGAUUGAGCAGUUCACGGAAAUUUUGAAAAUGGACGAGACGGGAGAGAGCGGUUUGGAAGAAGAGUACAUGAACAAGUACGAUACAGUGUUUAUGUGGCAGCUGAAGAGGUUGUUCACGCAGGAGUACAUGUUUGAAACCUUGGUGGAGCGGGACAAGAAGUCUUUUGAGGACCGGUUCGUCAACAACGCGAUGAGCAAUUAUCAACUACCGUAUGUCGAGGAGGGCGACGAACAGGACGAGGUGAAGGAAGAUUGGAGCAAGGAUUUCUUGGAGUUUCUCUGGAAAGUCAAAGGAUACGAUGCGAAAGGAUUUGAAGAACUGCGGGAGAUGAAGGAAAUGGAGGUAUAGAGUUUAUUGCUUUGCGUUUGCACCAGCUGCAUUUGCAUUUCCAUUUUCAUUUUCUCGCGGAUCACAGAUGAGACUAGCGUAGCGAGCUAUGCAUGAGAAACAUUUCUAAAUUUUACUUCGGACUCUGUCAUGCACAUGCUCAUGCAUAAUUUGCUUCACAAUUCUAAUCCAGGCCGACGAGGAUGACGAAGAGGAGCGUUUGAACCGGCUGAUGGCAGAGCAAUUUGGCGAGGACGAUGCGCUUGGAGAUUUGGUCGCCAGCCCGAAUUAUCCAUUGCAAAUGUGUCUGGGUCUGGAAGAGUCGGGGCUUGUCAUGCACAUUUCGCAUCACCACUGAGGUCUGUGAUGCUGGUGCUAGCACAACAGGUUUUUUGAGUGGAGCUUCUUGAUUGAUGCUAAUUACGCACGAGAAAUGCCUUCUCCGCGUGCCCAAGACUGACUCCUCAUGCUGCUCAGGCAACACAGAUAUUUUAUAGAAUCCGCAGACAGCAUUACGAGUUCGAUUCUUCCAGACCCAGACAUUUUUGCAGUUGAUACGAAUGAAUCGGAAAAAUCAAAUGAGAAAUCGAAGGAUUCUACUGGAGGCGGGCGGAAAGAAGUAGGUCUUGACAAAGAAGACGAGGAUAUUAUGGAGGGGAACAACAAUAAGCGGGACCACAGCCGGGCGGUGUCGAAAAAUGGAGGAAAGCAGGCGGACUGAGUACUGAUAGGGUGAUAAGAGAAGUGGAAUUUCUUUUUUCCCCCAGUUUGUAGAACAACGCUGUGCUUUUGAACCCUGUAACUAACAGCAGCAGCCGAGCCAUAGUACUAGAGAUUGUUAAACACAACUUUCUGGUCUUCCUCUAGGCAAUCGAAGGCGAGCAUGCAUGCUGAUGCUCCUCAUUUUCAAGACCACAGCAUUUUUUCAAAAGCGAAACAAAAUGUUGAGAAUGUGCUCGUACGGCGGACUUUAAGAAGGCAUUUGGACUGCUAGUAGUACAGCCGAGAUUUUUCACAGACACAGCACCCGUAGUCUCACCUUGAAAUUUUUCGCUGAGAAGUACCUAUUUCGAAGAAAGCUACCGACUGAUAAUAAUAUCGGGCCGAUUUUUUGUGCGUAU